GCUCGCACGAGCGGCGCUCAGUUCUUUGAGGGUAGUUAGUUGGACACGGCGUUGCCGAAAACGGGCCACCUCAGCUGCCGCACAAUACAUUUUUGGCCAUGUACAUAAAACCAAAAGCCGUUUAAAUCAUAAACACAAAAUGCAAUUAGCCAGCGAGCGCACGCCACGAGAGUCAACAAACUAACUAAGCCAGUGUCAUCGAGUGAACUAAAUUAGUGCAAGCAGCUAGCCGACCGGAACCGGAAAUGCCCAUUGAGCCGCCCGACAACGAACACAUAAACAAACACAAGCGCCAUUGCAUUGCCAGCGGCCAUAAAGACGAGCAACAAAUCGCCCACACACACAUGUAGUUGCAGCGCGCGUGUGUGUCAGUGUGUGCGGGCUCUGAAAACCGGAAGCGGAAGUCGAGGAGCAGCCGGAUUAGAAGGAUCAGAAAGAGGAGCUGGAGGAGCAGGAGGCGCAGCUAGAUUGGCCAGUUUUUCAUUCGCCCGCAGUUCGUUAAGGAAAAUCAUUCAAAAUUCAUCGCCUAAGCAAAGCGGAUGCCGCACAAGAGAGAGAGAAAGAGAGAGAGAGAGAGUCGCGAAUAGAUCAAUCAAUUAAUCAAUCAAAACCGAGCAUAUCAACCGAGAGGCCAAUACAAUAAACCAACCAGAGAACCGAAAUCAAAGUUCAACGUUGCAUUUAGCGUUUGCCCAGUUCAACUUCCUGUUCCUGUUCCAGUUGCAGUUCCAUUUGGCACUUGAUUGCAUGCCGCGGAUGAGCCGCGGAUUAUGUCACGUGACGAUUAUAAUCCAGUAAAUAGCUCUGGUGUGCGCAGUCCGGGUCGCGUGCGGCGUCUCCAGGAAUUGCCGACGGUCGAUCGAUCCCCAUCCCGGGACUACGGCGCUCCACGCGGAAGUCCUUUAGCAAUGGGCAGUCCAUACUACCGCGACAUGGAUGAGCCAACCAGUCCGGCCGGAGCGGGUCACCAUCGCAGCCGGAGCGCCAGCAGACCACCGAUGGCCCAUGCCAUGGACUAUCCAAGAACCCGCUACCAAUCGCUGGAUCGCGGCGGACUCGUCGAUCCCCACGAUCGCGAGUUCAUACCCAUUCGGGAGCCUCGCGAUCGUUCCCGGGACAGGUCCCUCGAGCGGGGACUGUACCUAGAGGACGAACUAUAUGGCAGAUCGGCCAGGCAGAGUCCCAGUGCCAUGGGUGGAUAUAAUACGGGCAUGGGCCCCACAUCGGAUCGAGCUUAUCUGGGCGACCUGCAGCACCAGAACACCGACCUGCAGCGGGAGCUGGGCAACCUGAAAAGGGAACUGGAGCUGACCAACCAAAAGCUGGGCAGCUCGAUGCACAGCAUCAAGACCUUCUGGUCGCCGGAGCUCAAGAAGGAGCGGGCCCUGCGCAAGGAGGAGAGUGCCAAGUACAGUCUGAUCAAUGAUCAGUUGAAGCUACUCAGCACGGAGAAUCAGAAACAAGCCAUGUUGGUGCGCCAGCUGGAGGAGGAGCUGCGCCUGCGGAUGCGGCAGCCCAACUUGGAGAUGCAGCAGCAGAUGGAGGCGAUCUACGCGGAGAACGACCACUUGCAGCGGGAGAUCAGCAUCCUGCGCGAGACGAUCAAGGAUCUCGAGUGCCGGGUGGAGACCCAGAAGCAAACGCUGAUUGCCCGCGACGAGAGCAUCAAGAAGCUGCUGGAAAUGCUGCAGGCCAAGGGAAUGGGCAAAGAGGAGGAGCGCCAGAUGUUCCAGCAGAUGCAGGCCAUGGCUCAGAAACAGAUGUACAAUACCUACUCGGGCGCCAGUGGAAGCAGUCCCCCAUUGCCGGACAUUAUUGGGCAGUACUACGGGCCGGGAACUCUGGGUCCGGGCCCCCUGUCCUACGGCUCGGGCAAUGGUUACGCCCCAGCGGGCUACGAUCUGUACGGACCCUCGACCUCGCAGGCAGCCGUGGGGGGAUACGGACUGUACGAUCCCCAGAUCUACGGACCGUGUCAGACCUCGCCGAUCCGCAGGAGGCGCUACAGCAUUGCCGGCCUGCCCUCGGCCACCAUGUACAAUGAUGUCUACGGCUAUCCCGCACCGCCACUGCAGCAGACCAGCUCCUCGAACAUAGUGAAUCUGCUGAACGAGGCCCACAAGUCGAUAUCGCGCAGCUCGCAGAUCCUGAAUCUCACAAAUCAGGCCCGUCAAUUGGGUCAGCUGGUGACGACGCCCCUGGGCGGUCCCGUGGGCAUGGGCCUGGGUCGAGUGGUCUCCAGCUACCCCACCCUGCAUCCGGGGGACACCUCGCCGCCGUACCUCAACGACAACCUAAUGCAAAUGUCCACGAGCUUCUCCUCGCAGCCCAACAUGUACUUCCAGCCGCAGGGGCAGCAGGUGCAGCAAGUGCUGCCCAGCCAGCUGACGGCGGCCCAGAGUGCCGCUGCAGCGGCUGCCCGACUCCGACCGGCCUACUCGGUGACGAAUCUGGUGUCCAACUACCCGUCGACAAAUACGACGGGCUAUGGCGCCUGCAAGUACGGGGGCUAUGGGAAUCCCUACCAGAGUGAUUUGGGCUACGGGAAUCCCCUGGCCCCCUUCCAGCAGCGCCAGCUGAUGGCCCACCAGUCGCUGCAUGCCUCCAAUCCCGCCAUUUCGCAGUAUUACCAGAAUCAGGGAUUGGGCGCGGGAUCGGGAGCAACGGCGGCGGCGUUGGCCUACAAUCUGCAGCAACAGUUCGCGGGAACGCAGCACUACGGAGGCGGAUCUCAGGGCCCACCGUUGGGACACUCGCACAUCCAGGCGUCGGUGCAGCAGCAGAUGCAUCCGCAGUACCAGUACCAUGUGCACCAGCAUCAGAAUCACCUGCAGACACAUCCGCUGGCGGCGUUGGCCAAUACGAGCGGACCGUUUGGCGGUACGCUGGCCAGCAGUGCCAGGGACUAUGUGGACGGACUGCAUCAUGCGGCCCACUCACAUACGCAUCCGCAUACGCAUCCGCAUUCGCAUCCGCACCACUCCUCGCAUCAUUCGCAUCACACGGCAUAUCCGCACUCGCAUUCGCACCAUCAGCAGCAGCAGCCGCAUCAAGCCCACCAUCACCACCAUCUGCCAUACUCGAAACUAGACUUAGAUUACCCGAAACUGCCGCAAGAGCAUAAGCGACAACUGGACGAAUUCCGUCUUGAAAUACAGAGAAGGGAUCAAGAGAUCCUGGCGAUGGCGGCCAAAAUGAAAACCCUCGAGGAGCAGCACCAGGACUACCAGCGGCACAUAGCGGUGCUCAAGGAGUCGCUAUGUGCCAAAGAGGAGCACUACAACAUGCUGCAGACGGAUGUCGAGGAGAUGCGCGCCCGCCUUGAGGAGAAGAACCGCCUGAUCGAGAAGAAGACCCAGGGCACCCUGCAGACUGUUCAGGAGCGCAAUCGCCUCACCAGCGAGCUCACCGAGCUCAAGGACCACAUGGACAUCAAGGACCGCAAGAUCAGCGUGCUGCAGCGCAAGAUCGAGAACCUGGAGGAUCUCCUCAAGGAGAAGGACAACCAGGUGGACAUGGCGCGGGCCCGUCUGUCAGCCAUGCAGGCCCACCACAGCAGCUCCGAGGGGGCCCUGACCAGCCUAGAGGAGGCCAUCGGCGACAAGGAGAAGCAGAUGGCCCAGCUGCGGGAUCAGCGGGAUCGUGCCGAGCACGAGAAGCAGGAGGAGCGGGAUCUCCAUGAGCGCGAGGUGGCCGACUACAAAAUCAAGCUGCGGGCCGCCGAGAGUGAGGUGGAAAAGCUGCAGACGCGUUUGGAGCGGGCGGUCACCGAGCGGGAGCGGUUGGAGAUCAAGCUGGAGGCCUCACAGAGCGAACUGGGCAAGUCGAAGGCCGAGCUGGAGAAGGCCACCUGCGAAAUGGGCCGAAGCAGUGCCGACUGGGAGUCCACCAAGCAGAGAAUCGCCCGUUUGGAGCUGGAGAACGAGCGGCUGAAACACGAUCUGGAACGUUCGCAGAAUGUACAAAAGUUAAUGUUCGAAACGGGCAAGAUAUCGACAACGUUUGGCAGGACCACGAUGACCACGUCCCAGGAACUGGAUCGAGCCCAGGAGAGGGCCGAUAAGGCCUCGGCCGAACUGCGACGCACCCAGGCCGAACUGAGAGUCACACAGUCGGAUGCGGAGAGAGCACGUGAAGAGGCGGCCGCCCUGCAGGAGAAACUGGAGAAGAGCCAGGGCGAGGUGUACCGGCUCAAGGCGAAGCUGGAGAAUGCCCAGGGCGAGCAGGAGAGUCUGCGCCAGGAGCUGGAGAAGGCGCAGAGCGGUGUCUCUCGCAUCCACGCCGAUCGCGAUCGGGCCUUCUCCGAGGUGGAAAAGAUCAAGGAGGAGAUGGAGCGCACCCAGGCCACGUUGGGCAAGUCGCAGCUGCAGCACGAGAAGCUGCAGAAUUCGCUGGACAAGGCCCAGAACGAGGUCGAUCAUCUGCAGGAUAAGCUGGACAAGAUGGGCACGGAGAACCGUCGCCUGGUCCUCGAGAAGGAGAAGCUCACCUACGACUACGACAACCUGCAGUCGCAACUGGACAAGGCCUUGGGCCAGGCGGCCAGGAUGCAGAAGGAGCGCGAGACCCUCUCGUUGGACACGGAUCGCAUACGCGAGAAGCUGGAGAAGACGCAGGUGCAACUGGGUCGCAUCCAGAAGGAGCGGGAUCAAUUCUCCGACGAGCUGGAGACGCUCAAGGAGCGCUCGGAAUCGGCGCAGACCCUCUUGAUGAAGGCCGCCCGCGAUCGGGAGGCGAUGCAAACGGAUCUGGAAGUUCUGAAGGAGCGCUACGAGAAGUCCCAUGCCAUCCAGCAGAAACUCCAGAUGGAGCGUGACGAUGCGGUCACCGAGGUGGAGAUCCUCAAGGAGAAGCUGGACAAGGCACUGUAUGCCAGCCAAAAGCUGAUCGACGAGAAGGACACCUCCAACAAGGAGUUCGAGAAGAUGCUGGAGAAGUACGAUCGGGCCCAGAACGAGAUAUACCGCCUGCAGUCCCGCUGCGAUACGGCAGAGGCGGAUCGAGCUCGCCUGGAGGUGGAGGCGGAACGAUCUGGACUGGCAGCCGGCAAGGCUCGCGAGGAUCUGCGCAAGCUGCAGGACGAGAGCACUCGGCUGCAGGAGGCCUGCGAUCGGGCGGCGCUCCAGCUGAGCCGCGCCAAGGAGUGCGAGGAUAAUGCGCGCAGCGAGCUGGAGCACAGUCGCGAUCGCUUCGACAAGCUGCAAACGGACAUCCGCAGGGCCCAGGGCGAGAAGGAUCACUUCCAGUCGGAGCUGGAGCGAGUCACCUACGAGCUGGAGCGUGCCCAUGCCGCCCAGACCAAGGCUUGUGCUAGCGUGGAGGCGGCCAAGGAGGAGGCCGCCCACUAUGCCGUCGAGCUGGAGAAGAUGCGCGAUCGGUACGAGAAGAGCCAGGUGGAGCUGCGCAAGCUCCAGGACGUGGACACCUUUGGCCGGGAGACCCGACGCCUCAAGGAGGAGAACGAGCGACUGCGCGAGAAGCUGGACAAGACGCUCAUGGAACUGGAGACCAUACGCGGCAAGUCGCAGUACGAGUCGGAGUCCUUCGAGAAGUACAAGGACAAGUACGAGAAGAUCGAGAACGAGGUGCAGAACAUGGAGUCGAAGCUGCACGAGACCAGCCUGCAGCUGGAACUGUCAAAGGGCGAGGUGGCCAAGAUGCUGGCCAUGCAGGACAAGCAGCGAUCCGAACUGGAGAGGGCCCACAUCGAGCGGGAGAAGGCGCGGGACAAGCACGAGAAGCUGCUGAAGGAGGUCGAUCGUUUGCGCCUGCAACAGUCCUCGGUGAGCCCCGGCGAUCCGGUCCGAGCGUCGACGUCCUCAUCCGCCGCUCUGUCCGCUGGCGAGCGGCAGGAGAUCGACCGCCUGCGGGAUCGCCUCGAGAAGGCGCUGCAGUCGCGCGACGCCACCGAGCUGGAGGCCGGUCGCUUGGCCAAGGAACUGGAGAAGGCGCAAAUGCAUCUGGCCAAGCAGCAGGAGAACACCGAGUCCACGCGCAUCGAGUUCGAGCGCAUGGGCGCCGAGCUGGGACGCCUCCACGAUCGCCUCGAGAAGGCGGAGGCAGAGCGGGAAGCGCUGCGUCAGUCCAGUCGAGGCGGCGCAGCCGCAGCUGCCCCCCAUCCACAGCUGGAGAAGCAUGUCCAGAAGCUGGAGUCCGAUGUCAAGCAGCUGGCGGUGGAGCGGGAACAACUGGUGCUGCAGCUGGAGAAGAGCCAGGAGAUCCUCAUGAACUUCCAGAAGGAGCUGCAGAACGCCGAGGUGGAGCUGCAAAAGACGCGCGAAGAGAAUCGCAAGCUGCGCAAUGGCCACCAAGUUCCACCCGCCGCUGCCGCCGCCCCUGCCCCAACACCCGGAGCCUCUCCCGCCGAGAUUCAGGCCAUGCAGAAGGAGAUCCAGACGCUGCAGCAGAAGCUGCAGGAGUCGGAGCGCGCCCUCCAGGCAGCUGGUCCCCAGCAAGCUCAGGCUGCAGCGGCGGCCCAAGGAGCGAGUCGCGAGGAGAUCGAGCACUGGCGCAAGGUCAUCGAGCAGGAGAAGGGUCGCGCCGACAUGGCCGACAAGGCCGCCCAGGAGAUGCACAAGCGCAUUCAGCUUAUGGACCAACACAUCAAGGAUCAGCACGCCCAGAUGCAGAAGAUGCAGCAGCAGAUGCAACAGCAGCAGCAGCAGGCGGCGCAGCAGCAACAGUCCGCAGCAAGUGCCGGCGGAGCGGACGCCAAGGAGAUGGAGAAGGUCAGAGGCGAGCUCCAGGCAGCCUGCACUGAGAGGGAUCGCUUCCAGCAGCAGCUGGAACUCCUGGUCACAGAGCUGGAAAAGAGCAAGAUGUCCAACCAGGAGCAGGCCAAGCAACUGCAGACCUCGCAGCAACAAGUGCACCAACUGCAGCAACAGGUACAACAGCUGCAGCAGCAGAUGCAACAACUGCAGCAGGCUGCCAGUGCGGGAGCAGGCGCUACCGAUGUGCAGCGCCAGCAGCUGGAGCAGCAGCAGAAGCAACUGGAGGAGGUGCGCAAGCAGAUCGACAACCAGGCCAAGGCCACCGAGGGCGAGCGCAAGAUCAUCGACGAGCAGCGCAAGCAGAUCGACGCCAAGCGCAAGGACAUCGAGGACAAGGAGAAGAAGAUGACCGAGUUCGAUGUCCAGCUGCGCAAGCGCAAGGAGCAGAUGGACCAGCUGGAGAAGUCCCUCCAGACGCAAGGAGGCGGAGCGGCGGCCGCCGGCGAGCUCAACAAGAAGCUCAUGGACACGCAGCGACAGCUGGAAGCAUGCGUCAAGGAGCUGCAGAACACAAAGGAGGAGCACAAGAAGGCGGCAACCGAAACGGAGCGUUUGCUGCAAUUGGUACAAAUGUCUCAGGAGGAGCAGAAUGCCAAGGAGAAGACCAUCAUGGAUUUGCAACAAGCCUUAAAGAUCGCUCAAGCCAAAGUCAAACAAGCACAAACGCAGCAACAGCAGCAGCAGGAUGCUGGGCCAGCUGGCUUCUUGAAGAGCUUUUUCUAAACAGUGCCCCUGGAAAACAAAAGAUUCACACAUCUUCAGAUGCAGAUGAGGCAAAAGGAAUACACCCGUACUAUUUACCCAAAGCGAUAAUGGAAAACCAAAAAGCAGCAAGAAAUUAUCAAAAGCACUGUCUACUAUUUUGUAUACUACCGAUGCCGAUACCAAUACCAACUAUGCAGUAUUUCUACGACUCACACAUACACUCGAUACACACACAAACUCAGACAUACACACACACACACACAUUUGUAAAUGACACCAUGUAAAUGCAAUGCGAAAUGCAAAUUAUUUGAUAUUUAUGUGUAUUGUGUAAUUAGGUUGCCGCUAUACUCAAAUUGUGGAUGCAUUUAAAAGUCAGCUCGUAUAGCGUACUUUGUAAACUCUCUUAACUCUCUCUAACUCACUAACUCAAUCCUUUUUCGAACUCAAACUCGAACUCAACUUAAAGUUUAUCGUUAGUCAAGACACCUUCUAAGCCCCACUUUCCCCUUGAGAGCUUUCUGUCCUUCACUUUCUCUCUGUCGGUCGGAGCUGCGGAACGUAGACUACGUCCUCGGGCACUGCAUCCCCCCAUCAAUCCAAUAAUAUUACCCCUAUGACCCACCCAUCCCCCCAUCAGGCAUUAGUUUUCCCACUGCGCGAAUGUGAUGAUAUCGAAACAAGAAGGAAAGCAAAGGAGUAAUUGCAUUACAAUUGAUGAAAAAGCAACUUUGGACCCAAAGUGCAGCAUGUACUUACAAUUAUCGAGGAUAUAUAUAUGCUAGCCUCUGUUAUAGUUAGUUAAACAUGAAAAUCGGCUUAUCAUACACCCACACUAUCACACUGUACAUAAAGCAUUGGCAUCAGACUCAUAACGGAAAAGUAUAGAUACAGAUACGGAUACAAUAUGUAGAGCAAUAAAUGAUAAACCACAGAUAAUGCAAAUAUGAUAUAGAUACGAGUACCAUAUGUAAAAUUAAUACGAUUAAAGAAAUUAUAUUGCCUAGCCUUUAGCCGUGUACCAAAGAACUAUCGAUAUAGACCCCGAAAAGAGAACGGAGAACACUACCUACCAUUCGUAUCAGCUAUUAUGGAUAUUAUCGAUAAAAUAAACUCGAACAUCAACUACAAACAAGUGCAAUCUCUAUUUUAAUUAGUUAAAUCUACACGAUAUCCCCACGUUCCUUAGCCCCAGACUAAAUAGAUCGAGUCCAGUACGCAAGCUUUACCCAAGUCAGCUGUGAAUGCGCAUUAGUACGAUUACUUAUAGUAGAUCGAUAGUUCCACUCUAGUCAAGGGUCGCUCGUACGUAGCUUUUGGUUUAGAUAAAGUGCGGAGUGUUAUUGUUAUCAGACAUAAAUGACCUAUACCCAUAUAAUGCAUAUUUACAUAGCUAUUCAGGAAUAGUUGCAAAGAUGUGUACAAAUUAUAGAGUACCAUAUUUGACUAGCAGGAAAUUAGUGUUUUCACUUUGUUCAUUAUAAUUUAGAAGAAGGUAUACAUUUAGGAGAGGAAUCGUAUGGAGGAGUUAUCACUGCCAGUGUAAGCAAGAAUAAUGAUAGAAUGGAAUUUCAAAGUUCGUUUAAUCAUAGGGCUUAUCAUUAGACCUCAUUUGACUUUCGGUUACCGUAGAAAACCAACCACGAAGACAUUCAGCAAAAGACGAAGCUAAGUACACAACACAAUCAUAUCAUACGAGCCUAUAUCAUAGCCCCAAGAACGAAAGGAUAGUAGACCCUAGAGGAAAACUCUUUAGCGCUUUAAAUUAUCCUCAGAUCUUUCCACACAUAAUAGAAAGGAUCGAUUAUUCAAUUGAUAGAGACCCUCCACCACUUAGGUAAUCGAUUAACGACCAACUAAAUUACGAUAGAGCUGCACUCUCUGCUUUGAUUUCAGUUUUGCGAUCGUUCGAUUUGUGUACAUAAGUUAGGGUCCUCCUUUUCGCCCCUCUUGCGCCAAAAAAGUUCCCCAACAAGUUCCUAUACCAGGAACCUCGGGUUUUACGGUGCAGCUGAAGGGCAGGAAACAAUACGAGUUCGCGAGUCAAGUAAAAUUUAGUAACAUCUUCAUGUUCGACAGAAGUGUACAUAAGUGUCUAGUUAUGUAAGCAUAACAGAAACUGUAUUAUAUAUGAAAGUUUACUAUAUACGUUACAAUGUAAUCAUCAAUCUAUAUGCAGACCAUUGAGAACACGAGAACAAUUAACUAUCGACAAAUCAAACCGAACAAACUUCACCGUAGAACACGAAACUCUGGCUACAAGAGCUAAAUGAUAAAAUUACACACCACGUUGACAAUACAACAACCCACAAAAACACUUUAAACACUAAACAACCCUUUUUGAUCACACCCACACAAUGACGAUCCAUUAACGCUAGAUGGAAGCCAACAUAUCCGAAUCAAGAUAGCGAAAAUCCCAUGUUAACUGGGGACUAACCAGAUAUCAUGCAUGUAUAUGUAUGAUCCGACAUUUUCAAAUCGAUUUCCUAACGCUUCGAGUUGAUUUCUUGGUCACUUGGUCCCUCAGUCACUUUCACCUUCGAUCUCCGAUCUCGAUCUCGAUUUCCAGUUAUAGAAGAUGAAACGUUUGCCUUUAACUACUUAACUUAACUUACCACGUAUCGUAUUGUUAGCCUAGAUAGUCUCAAUUACAGCAGCAGCAGCAGUGACGAACAAACUGAGAAUAAGAACAUGAACUAACGGUCUAUCUACUUAUAGUAUUUGCCGUAACACUUUAAUCAUAUUAUCCCCGCCGUCGUGUACCCUACUUACAAAUACAAAUACGAAACUAACGGAUAGCAAGGAAAGCUUCGACAACUUUUUCUAUACAAAUCUAGCGAAUAUAACAAAUAAAUCUAACAGACAAAAACCCAAAUCUCGAGUAAUGUAAUUUAGCAAAUUGUAAACUCAAUAUAGGCACACACUCUCUAUCACAAACAGAACCGAGUAUCAAGCGAAAAAUGAUGGCAGAUUAAAUGAAUUUAAAUGGGAAGGUCUCGAUCCAGAGUCGAGCAUUACCUAACGAUAAUGAUAAUGCAAGCGAAGAAUUAACCCCAGUGUGUACUUCUCUGUACAUAGACCUAUAUAUAUAUAUAACAUUUACGAAUAGAGCAAAGCAUACGAUAGAUGAAUAUAGGAAUAUACGGAUACAAAAACAUAUACAUAGCAGAUAUGAAAAGAGAGCGCAAAUUAUAUAGAUACUACAGCAUCAUCCAUCAAAGAUCAAGGCCGAAGAUCGUAGUCAGAGCAAAAACUUGGAUAGAGAGGAGGAGCAGAGCAGAAGUGUAAACCCACAAACCCCAAAAAACCAAGUCCCCAAACUGAAACCGAUACCGAAAUAUCCGCAGAGAUAUGAGAAAAGAUAAAACAAAAGACGAACAACAAUUUCGUGUAAACAUUUUUUUAAACAAGUUUGGUGAUCUACGAUAUUGGUAAUAAUUAUUGAUAAAUAAAAUUAAAUUAAAUAAAAUGAUAUAUAUUAUACAAAUAUAUGAAGUAAAGUCUAGUGCUCAGAACGACAAUUUUUUUUGGAAAGCGAAAGGAUAAUGAUUUAACACAGUGUGAUCAGUCAAUAGAUUAAAAUCACCGAUAGUUGAACGGUCAAACUGUGCUGUCUAAUUUCAAUUUUACACUUUGAUCCAAUUUCAAUUAAAUAUUUUAAGAUUCUAACUAAUUUUGCCGAUCUGAGCACACGACUUUAAGCAGGAGUAGGCAAAAAAGAAUGGAAACAAGGGGAGGCAUACAUAAAGUACGAGUAAAUAUUUAUUAUAUAAUGUUUUUUAAGUAACUUAUAGUAAGCCAUUAUAUAUACACACAUAUAUAUAAAUUAUACAUAUAUGAAACUACAUAAGUUUACAAGGUAUAUGACAAAAACAACAAACAACAAAAACCAAAUUAAGAAUCAACCACAACAACAAAGAGCAACAUAAAAGGUAAAAACAAAAAAAACGCAACCGCAGAAACUAAACAAAGUAAAGGAUUAGAGAUGAGGUGGGAAAUAUAAUAAUAAUAAAGUAAA